AGCGAACAUAAACUAUUAACUGUACACAAAUAACGAUGUCGGUGGAUUCAUCGCAACUAACGGCAAAAAAUGGCGAUAAUUUUACUUUGUUAAUUAUUUGCUUGACUGUGUUAUUCGAAAGAGAAAUAGACUUCAUUGUUUGCUCUGCCUCUUCUCCUAAAAUUAUCUGCGUGGCUUAUAUGACACAUGGUUUUAUUAAUUAUUUACCGAUAGUAGGAGGUUUCUUUUGCUUUGCUAUCAUAAAAGCUAUUUCAAAUGAAGCUUUGAGAUGCUGCGAUACACCUGUGUGAGAACUUCUCAAUUUAUCCAGUCUCAUCCGCUUGAGUGAUUCUGCUUUAGAAAAAAAAACCUUUCGUCUUCAAAACCAGAGUAGGAUGUUGUUGCUUCAAAUGCCUUUCAAGGCGAUUGUGCCUCAUGCUAUCAUUACUUAAAACUUUCAUCAUAUCACACUCUGAGGCAAUUGUAACUCGUCUUUUUCUUUGAAGGUAAAUCCAAACUUAAC